AUGAUGCUCUCGGACCUCGUCGCCGCUGUGCACGCCUCGCCGCUACGCGGCGUGGUUGCGGUGACUGGGGGUGGCGCCGGGGCGCUCGCCGAGUUGCUCUCACGGCCGGGAGCUUCGGGAACGGUGCUCGAAGCGGUCGUGCCUUACAGCGGAGCUUCUCUCUCGGAGUGGCUGGGAGCUCCCCCAGAUCAAGCGUGCAGCGAGAAGACCGCACGCGGCAUGUCGAUGACGGCGUGGAUUCGGGCGAGGAAGCUCGACGCUGGCGAGCCGCGCGAGCUUUUCGGGUUGGGAUGCACGGCCGCCUUGGCGACCGACCGUCCGAAACGGGGCGACCACCGCGCGUUCGUCGCCGUCCAGACCGCCGCGCGAACGCUUGUGGUUUCGCUCCGCUUCGACAAGUCGGACACUUCGCGUGCCGCCGAAGAGCGGGCUACCACGCACGCGAUUCUCGCGGCCCUGGCGGACGCGGCGGGCGCGCACCAGCUCGACCUGGCCAAGACGCCGCCGGGCAUUGAGGCCUCGGUGAGCGAGACGAUCGCCGACCCCGAGUGGGCCGAGUUGCUGCUCGGCGAACGUGCGGUGUGCGUCGUCCACGGCGCCCCGCCACCCCGCGAAACCGACGUUUGCCUGUUGCCCGGGUCUUUCAAUCCCCCGCACGAAGGCCACCGAGAGAUCGCCACGGAGGCCUUGCGGAGGACGGGCAGGCCCGUGGUGUACGAGUUGUCGAUCACCAACGUCGAGAAGCCACCCCUCGAUUACGCCGAGAUCGAGCAGCGCCUAUCCACGCUCGCGGAUAGCCCCGUGUGGCUGACCCGUGCGACGACCUUCGUCGAGAAAGCGCGACUAGCGCCCGGCGCGGUGUUCGCCGUCGGCGCCGACACGAUCGAGCGCAUCGGCCGUGGACGCUACUACGCGAGCGAAGCGGCUCGUGACGCGGCGAUCGCCGAGCUGGCGAGCUUGGGCUGUCGCUUCCUCGUGUUCGGCCGCGUCAGCGGCGACCGAUUCGUGACGCUCGACCAGGUCGACCUGCCCUCAAGCCUACGCGUUCUUUGCGAACCGCUGACCGAGGCGGAGUUCCGCUGCGACGUCUCCUCGACCGACCUGCGUGGUGUCGGUCACGCCGGCGAAGACGAGCCCCGCCCCGACGAAGGCGGCCAGGCCAAGCCAGGCGGGAUGCACCGCGACGCCGAGGGCGACGCCCGUCAGCACCAGCGACCCCGCCGCGAUCCGAACCUGACGCUCCAACGAGAUCGCCUUGCGCCCGCGGACGAGUGGCAGUCCGGCGACCUCGCACGCCAGCGUGCCGCCGGCCACGUUCCGCACGUCGGCGACGCCUGCGUCGGCCAGCUUGUCGCAAGCCAUCUGGCUGCGGCCACCCUUCUGACACACAACGAACAACGGCCCGGUGUGUUCGACGUACCGUUCCGGCGUGAGCCGAUCGAGCGGCACGUUCUCCGCCCCGCGGACGUGGGCUUCGCCGAACUCGGCCGGGGUCCGGACGUCGAUCAGUGUAGUUCCUCGCGGGCGGGCUUGGGGGCGUGCGGCGGGACCUCGCUCCAUGAUACGGCCCGCUCCGUGGCGGGCACGCCCCAAGCGGGAUUGUUUCGUAUGGCGAUCCACGCUGCAGCCGCCUCCGCCCCGCUGGCGCCCCGUGAAUUGCGAGCCGGGCGGCGGCGGCUUACGAUCCGCUGUUCGCAACGGUCCGCGUCUUCUCGCUGGGAGCCCACGCCGCUGAUGCCCGCCAAUUCCCUGUACGCCGGCGUCGACAUCGGCGGCACGAACAUCAAGAUCGGGCUGGUCGACGACAGCGCCCAGACGGUGGCGUACGAGUCGAUUCCCACGCAGCAAGACCGGGGGCCGGAGGACGCCGCCGCUCGCGUCGCUGCGUCGCUGGAGAAGCUCGCCAAGGAGGCGGGCGCCUCGUUCGCUGAGAUCCCGGCCGUCGGCCUCGCCUCGCCGGGCCCAAUGGACCUCGGCACCGGCAUGCUGCUCUGCCCCGGCAACUUGCCGGCCUGGCACAACACGCCGCUGCGUGACGUGUACGCCAAGGCGACCGGCAAACCCGUCAACUACGAGAACGACGCCAACGCCGCCGCGUACGGCGAGUUCUGGGCCGGCGCCGGCGACCGGUUCGACAGCCUGGUCGCCGUGACGCUGGGGACGGGCGUCGGCGGCGGCGUGAUCAUCGACGACCAAGUGAUCGACGGCGCCCACAGCUGCGGCGGCGAGAUCGGCCACAUCCUCGUCGACUGCGACGACAACGCCCCGCUCAACUCGCUGGGAGUCCGCGGGACACUCGAGGGGUACUGCGGCAGCUACGGCGUCGUCCACCAGGUUCGCCGCAUCCUGGCGGACCGAUUCGUCGAGACCUCGCUGCGCGACUCGGUCGACGCCGGCGAGAAGCUGACGCCCCUCUUGGUCGCGAACGCCGCCGAGGCCGGCGACGAGGUGGCGCUGAGCGUCGUGAUGCACACCGCGAAGAUGCUCGCAAUCGGCAUCGUGACGGUGAUCCACACAGUCGACCCGGAAGCGGUUGUGAUCGGCGGCGCCCUGACGUUCGGCGGAGCUGGCCACGUGCUCGGCGAGCGUUUUCUGGCCGCGGUCCGCGAGCACGUCGACGCCCGGCUGAUCCCCAGCCUCCGCGGCCAGAAGGCGAUCGAGUUCGCCAAGCUCGGCGGCAAGGCGGGCUACAUCGGCGCCGCGGGGCUGGCGCGGGCGAAAGCCUGA